GUCUGCGCAAGUCUUCGGGGUGGCCAACGCGCUGGGCUUCGGCAUCAGCGUGGCCACGGGCUCGCACGCGCACUUGGACCUCAUAGGCACGGGCGCGUUCGUGGCCGUGGCCGCGGCCACGCGGGGCCCAGACCUGCGGACUCCAACCUCUCCGCGGCCGCGGUGGCGCUCUGGGCGGCCAGGCUGACCUCCUUCCUGUUCUACCGCGCCCUGCAGGUGGGUCGUGACGACAGGCUGGAGCGCACUUUGUCGACAACCAGCGGCGCGUUCGGCUUCUGGUUCAUCAGCUGGCUGUGGGGGUGGCUGACCGUGUUGCCGCACGCGUUGGGCGCCGCGUCGGCCGGCCCCCGCCCACGGCUGGGCCUCGGCGCCGUCGCUGCUGGCGCGCUCUACUUCUUCGGAGGGCAAGGUCCUCGGCGACUUCCAGAAAUGGUGGUUCAAGCAGGAGACCCCCUCAACAAGGGCAAGUUCUGCGACGUCGGGCUCUGGAGCUUCAGCCAACACCCCAACUACUUCGGUAAUCUGUGCCUCUGGCUGGGCAUCUUCCUGCUCAACGUCCCGGUCCUGCAUGCCCAGGGGGCGGCGGCGGCGGCGGGCGGCAUCGCGGACAGCAGCCUGGCGCACCGCGCGCUCGCCGCGGCGUGGGCUGGCCGCAGGGUGCUCCUCGGCGCCGUCGGGCCGCUGUUCCUGGGGGCGCUCUUCUUCGCCCAGGAGACCUCGCGAGCGGCUCCCUCACCAACACGGUCAAGCUAG